AUGAAGCAAAUUGCGGAUAUGGCCGGGAUCAAGCUAUCGCGCUUACAUUACCGGAACAAGCGAAAUCGACGAAGGGAUAGCGGUACAAAGCUACCACGACAACGUUCAUUUAUUUCGUUGUUACCAUCAUCACCGCUGCCGCUGAGCUGUAUAACGAUACCUGUGCACAGUGCCGGACAAGGAUCUCCCAGACUGUCGAACGACGACAAAGAGUGGUCUAAAUGUCACGCAAUGUUUUCGGGGACGGAGGACAUCCGCAACGUUGACAAAUGCUUUGGCCUCACAUCUCUUGCUCAUCAACACCGGAAAGAUCAAGCAUCGCAGACCAGUUUCGUUCCAUUCCUCUUCAUUUUAUACUCAUCUGUUGGCCUGGAUUCCCGCCGUCAAGACCUGGAUGAUGGCUUCGUCUCUCCUAGACCCCGUUAUCGUCCUGCUUCCUGGAACCCUGUUCAUUUGAGUGUCAAAGUAGUGUUGCCGCCAAACGACAACCGGGUCUCUUGUGAGAUCUUGGUCAAAGACUUUGCAAUGGUUCGCUUGUCAUUUUGUUGCACCAAAACCCCCGAAUGGCGCAGUCAAGAAAAGAAGGCCUUCGCAGCGGGAAACCUCGUGUGUAGUGGGGCUCCCCGCGUAGAGGUUAGCGGAUCAUUCGAACUGGUCAUCGAACUCGACAUCUGCACUCCCACAUUCUCGAGAUUAAUAGCGGACAUUCGGAACGACGAUGAUCCAAGAAAGGGCCUCAUUGGUUGUGGCUCGCAAGGUGGCACAAUAUUGAUUAGGGAGGUGUAUCGAGGGCUGAAUCGUCCGAGCAAUUUUCAUUCGGUACAAUCCGUCGUAAAUGUCUUCUGCAACCGAAAAAUGCGACAUUCAAGUCCUGCGAACCGCUCUUCGCAGUCUUCUGUUCUAAACGUAAGACUCGUCUCCUUGCCGAUUUUGAUCACUGAGCAGCGCGGCGACCCUCCGCGGGUAUUGACGAGGUCCAUGCGUUCAGACUUGAACAGAAAGGAGGUGAACCAGAUCCCGAGUAAUUCAAUCUAUGUGCUGGACGUCCUAUCUGAUAUUCGGAAGAAUCCAUCUGUCGGCGUCGAUGUCGACGAUCGUGCCCUAGCCUGCGGAGGAAACUGGGAGUUGGAGAGAGCAUCGCCUGCUCCCCUCGCUCUCGGCGUAUUAGCCAUGGAUUGA